AUGUUUUCUUAUACAUUGAGACGCUUAGCUGUCUCAAAGACGGCAAUUGAAAGCUAUAUGGAUUACCUUCGUAAUGCAGACAGGGAUCUGCCCGCCCUUAGCGAAAUUUUACCGCGUCAUCAGGCGAAUUCCAAGAAUCUUCUGGAGUUUCAUUCAAUUUUAUGUGAGGUAAUGCAGGAAAACGGCUUUAAUUUUAUGGGUAUCAAGGUAAUACCUCCUUCUUCAGCUGCCUUACAAUGUUUGAGGUGGACCGACGUCGUUUGUGUUCCUGUUUUUUCCAUUGCAUUUCAGCAAUUGGAUUUAUCAGUGAAACAACAUCGGAUUCAGUUUAUUGAGCCUCUUUUUGUUUUACGUUUGGGCCGUGAUGCGACGUCUCAGUUGACACUAUCUGCAGCAGCAACCGUGUGUGAUGUGUUUCGUCCUGGAAUUGAACUUACAGGUUCACGUUUUCCCUUCUAUCCUCCGCAUGCGACUGGAUUUGCUGCGGAUUUAGGUGGUUGCAUCAGUGUUCGUCUUGGUGAGGAAACUGAGCUGGUUAAGGCGUCUCUGGACACACUAGGGAAUCAUUCCUUUGUGAUGACUCGAAAAAAUGAACCUCUUCAGGUUGGUUCUGGCAAAAAUUGUCUGGGAGGCCCUUCUGCGGCAGUGGCCUCAGCAGUAGCUUACGCGGUUUCUAUUGGGAGGCCUCUUCGUACCGGAAACUAUGUUUUUUGUACUGGUGUGGGAACGCGUUCUCCUGCUAUACCAGGAGACUAUCAAGUGAAUUAUGGUGUGUACGGUACUGUGUCCUGCUCUCUGUCUUGA